UUCUUUAGGAUUUGUAGGGAGAUAGUGUUAGGCAGCGCCUUAUUGGUGGCAGCCGUAUAUUAUUGCUCAAGGAAAGAGUGAGGAGUUAGAACAACUCUAGUGUAGCCUACAGAGUGAAACCAAAAGAGAGAAGGAAAAAAAAUAACAAAAAGGAGUAGAUGCAGUUUUAGUUCUUAUUAUUCUAAUCUUCUCUCUUGUUGCAAUUUCUUUUUAGAAUCCUUGGGAUCAUCUCUGUCCCCGUUCUGGGUGGUUUCUGUCAUACUCCAGGAACUGUCUUGUUCUAGCUCUUUGCUUGGUCUGAAAGUCGAUUUCUGCACAGGUACUGCGAAAGCUUUGGGAAUAGUAUUGCAGAAAGCGCAGCAAUCUGAAGCUUACUGUCCAAGCCAGUUUGCAGCUGAAGCCAAAGACUGAAUCUUUCAUCAGGGUUUGAUAAUAUCAAAUACCCUUGUGAUGACAGAGUUAAUCAGUUUGUCUCGUCAUCUACGUGAUGAUUCUUCUUCAGUCUGUCUCUUCUUCUGCUUCUGAAGACGAUGGCCACAUUCUUCUCCUCUUCCACCAAUCAGAGAGACCUCACCGGCGGCGGCGGCGACGGAGGCGACAUGUCGUUCCAGCACUACCCACCGCCGUCUAACCCUUACUCGGACUCGUCGGCCGGCGGCCUGAUCCCGCUCCCGGCGAGCAUCGUGUCGCAUAGCCACAUUGCGCACGGCGGCGGCGACGAGCCGGCGGCGUUCAGGGAAGCGGCGACGGCGGACGGCGGCGAGAUGGGCCUGCAGACGCAGCUGCUCAUGGCGCACGGCGCGGCGGCGCGGGGACACCAGGGCGGGCUAUCGCUUAGCCUCGGCACGCAGGUGCCGGUGUCUCUCUACCAGUACAGGCCGGCGGGCAUGGCGGCCGCCUCGCUGCUCAGCCCGAGCCAGUCGUCGCCGAUGGCGGGGAGGAGCGCGCAGAACAGCAUCUACGUGCAGAACUCGAGGUUUCUCAGGGCGGCGCGCGAGCUGCUCGACGAGGUUGUCAAUGUCCGCGACGCGAUCAAGCGGAAGGGUGACAAGAACCAGGGCAAGGAUUCCGGCGAGUGCAAGGGCGGUGACGCCGCCGGCGACGACAAGGCCGGCUCGAACCCGCAGGAGCAGGAGAGCAAUUCAGCCCCCGAGCUCUCGCCGUCGGAGAGGCAGGAUCUCCAGAACAAGGUCACCGCGCUCAUGGCCAUGCUCGAUCAGGUUGAUCGGAGGUACAGGCACUACCACCACCAGAUGCAGAUCGUGAUGUCGUCGUUCGACGCGGUGGCCGGCGGCGGCGCGGCGAGGCCGUACACGGCGCUGGCGCUGCAGACGAUCUCCCGCCACUUCCGGUCGCUGCGGGACGCGAUCGGCGCGCAGGCGCAGGCGGCGCGGCGGGGCCUCGGCGAGCAGGACGCGUCGGCGCAGGGCGGCGGCGGCCUCUCCCGGCUGCGCUACAUCGACCAGCAGCUGCGGCAGCAGCGCGCCAUGCAGCAGUUCGGCAUGAUGCAGCAGCCGCAGCACGCGUGGCGCCCCCAGCGCGGCCUCCCGGAGUCCGCCGUCUCCGUCCUCCGCGCCUGGCUCUUCGAGCACUUCCUCCACCCGUAUCCGAAAGAUUCCGAGAAGCUGAUGCUUGCGAGGCAGACGGGAUUGUCCAGGGGGCAGGUAUCGAACUGGUUCAUCAACGCGCGCGUGCGGCUGUGGAAGCCAAUGAUCGAGGAGAUGUACAAGGAGGAGUUCGGCGCGGAGAUGGACUCCAACUCGUCGUCGGAGAACGGCGGCGGCGGCGGCGGCAAGGGCAAGGACGAGGCGAUCUCGUCGGAGGACCGCGACGAGUUCCAGAGCCCGUCGAGCGCCGCCGCGGCGAGGCACGCCGGCGUCGCGGGCCAGCUCAACAACCCGUUCAAGUCGGAGGCGAUGGGCGGCGCCGCCCUGGACGUCGGCGUCGGCGUCGUCGGCCUGUCCAGCUGCCUCGGCGGCGCCAUGGGCACGUACGCCACCGGCCUCAACCUGAACCACCACGUGCACCACCCCGGCGCCGGCGGCACCAGCCUACUGCACGACGCGCUGCACCACCACCACCACGGCGGCGGCGGCGACGCCAGGUUCGUCUCCUACGGCGACAUGGCCGACCUCGGCGGCGGCGGCGGCUACGACGGCGGCAGCGUGUCGCUGACGCUGGGCCUGCAGCACUGCAACAACGCCGGCCCCGUCCCGGCCGAGCAGCAGGGCCUGCUCUACGGCAGCGCCGGCGACUUCGACUACAUCAACGGCUCCGACGACCGGCAGCGGUUCGGCCCGGCGUCGCAGCUGCUGCACGAUUUCGUCGCGUGAUCAAAGCACGGCGCGCGAUGGAUGCAUCGUCUGCGGCGGCGGCGGCGGCGGCGGGGAAUAACGCAAGACGGCGUCAGAAGCCUGGGCCGGCCGGCCGGCGCCGUCGGCGAGGGUAUACAGGUAUACAAGCAAUAUACACGUACACUCGUGUGUUGUGUUGGGGGGGUAAGUAAAGUGAUCGAAGUAGGGGUGAUCAGGGGUGUAAUUGUAAAACUGUAUAUGAGAAGGGGGUGUAGCUUGCUGUAAAGAUAGAUUGGUAUUUUUGCUAGCUUGCAGAUUUCUCUACUGAUUGAUGCAUGGAUCAUUCAUAUAUAUAUAUGUGGUGAUGUGUUGGGUCAGAUUGGACCAGAUGUUCAAUGGAUUACUGUGAAUUGCAGCUACAAAUGUUUCAUGUUUUG